GAGGAGAGGUUAGAACAACACGUGGGACCAAACUGAAGAGGGUUUUUCAUUUAAAAGCGGGGAGUGGGAUGGAGGAGGGAAAAGAAAAAAACCAAAAAAAAAAAACACAGCGACACAGAGCCUUGAAGGCCGGCGGGCUCCGGUUGCCACAGUAACACCUGUGCAAAGGAGGACCACGGGACCCGGCCUUCCCGCACGCGGAUGUUAAACGAGCCGCUUCCUGUCCGCCGCGCUGCCACCGCCGCGGGAACGCCGCCUGACAGCGGGAACGCCGCCUGACAGCGGGAACGCCGCCUGACAGCGGGAGAGCGAGAGCAGAGGAGCCGGAGCGCGGAGCGGCGAGGGAGGCGGAGAGACUCAGAGAGGAGGAGGAGGAGGAGGAGCUGUGCAGCCUGGGCGCUCCUCCCUCCGGGCCUGGGCGCUGAAUUCGGGCUGAAGGAUCAGCUCCCCGCACCGGCAGCCGCCUCCCCGUCGCUCUCUCUCUCUCGUCUGGCCGAGCCGACGUGACGCGCACCCUCGUCCCGCCGGCGGCGGCGGCGGCAGCUACCGUCCUCCUCCUCGGCGUUCGGAGAAGUAAAGCAUCGUGCCAAAAAAAAAAAACCCGCUGCGUUCCCACGGAGACGGACCCCGCGUGUGGCACUUCCUGCCCUCGCCGUGGGGCGCGUGCCUGGAGCAGGCUGGCACAUGCCACGUGGUCCGCGCCUCACCUGUGCCCGCGGCUGACUGACUGAGCGUGCUCGCGGGGGGGAGCGGAGCUCCACGCAUCAAACAGCCAUCUGCCACGGAUCACACCGAUUUCACUGAAGAGCCAGGCGGACAGCACACUGUCCCGAGGAGCCGGAGGUGAGGAGCCGUCCGUCUGGUCCUGCUCCGGGGGAGGAGACCGCUGAGGGGCGACGGGAAGGGGGGUUCCGACGGCCGAGCGGGACGGCGGGACGGCGGCCGAGGCCGGACCGGAGGCGGGGCCGGCGGCGGCGGCGGCGGCGGGGGGGAUGGCGUCGGCCGGCGUGCAGAUCUUCGCCUUCAUCCUGGCCCUCCUGGGCAUCUUCGGCGCCACCGUGGCCACCCUGCUGCCCAACUGGAAGGUGAGCGCCGACAUGGGCGCCAACAUCAUCACCGCCAUCUCGCAGAUGCAGGGCCUGUGGAUGGACUGCACCUGGUACAGCACCGGCAUGUUCAGCUGCACCCUCAAGUACUCCGUCCUGGCCCUGCCGGCCUACCUGCAGACGGCCCGCACCACCAUGGUGCUCUCCUGCGUCCUGGCCGCCCUGGGCCUCUGCCUGGCCUCCCUGGGCCUCAAGUGCACCCGCUGGGGGGGCGGGCGGCGGGCCAAGCGGCGGGCGGCGCUGGCCGGCGGCUCCUGCCUGGUGGCGGCCGGCCUCCUCUGCCUGGUGCCGGCCUCCUGGUUCAUCGACGAGGUCAUCUCCAGCUUCCUGGACUCCAACGUGCCCGAGAGCAGCAAGUUCGAGCCGGGCGGCGCCGUCUACGUGGCCUUCGUCUCCUCGGGCUUCCUCUUCCUGGGCGGGGCCGUCUUCUGCGUCUCCUGCUCGGGCAAGAGGCGGGGCCCGCGGGCGGACCCGCCCGCGCUGGCGCCUCCGGACAAGCUCCUGCAGCAGCAGCAGCAGCACCAGCAGUUGCAGCAGCACCACCACCAGCAGCAGCAGUUGCAGCACCAGCAGCACUUGCAGCAGCAGCUGCAACAGCAGCAGCAGUUGCAGCAGCAGCAGCAGCAGCAGCAGUUCCAGCCGCAGUUCCCGCAGCACCUGCUGCUCCAGCCCCCGCUGCCGCCGCCGCAGCACCAGUACUGCACCCUCUCUCCCCUGGACAACCGGGCGGCUACAGCCUGCAGGAUUACGUGUAGCCGAACCCCCCCCCCCCCCCGCCCCCGCCCCCGACCCCCACCGAGGUCCUCGGAUUUCCCGGGAAACCAUUUCCCCAGACGGAGGGAGGAGAGACGACAGAGGAGGAGGAGGAGGAGAAGGAGGAGGAGGGAAAAGGACCUUGGCGCCUUCCUCCGCAUCCCCCCCCUCUCUUCUCCUCUCCUCCCCUCCCCUCUCCCCCCCCCCCCCCCCCUUCUCCAUAUCGCCAAGCGGCGGAGGUAUUCCCCCGAGCAGACGGGCGGCGAACGUCGCCCCCGCAGCAGUCCGAGGGCGAGGCGGAGCGGGACGGCUAACCGGCGGCUAGCCGCAGAUACCGCCGAGAGCUAGCGAAUCGCGUCGAGGGGGGUGCGGAGAAGGUGUGGGGGGGGGGGUCUUUUACGACUGAGCUAGAAAAGAAAGGCAUUUUUUUCCCUCCCCUUCUACUCACCAAAGGUUUGAACGGAAAAACAUAAAAAGCAAUCGUUUAGUCAUGAUUCCAUCACCUUUUCGCUCAGACCGGCCUCGCGGUGUCAUUCUAAUUAAGGCAAUAUUACGCGGUACAGCCUUGCCAGGCGAGCUUUUUUUUUUAAGUAGUUUUCGUAGAAGGUUUGCCAAAAGUAAUAGAUUUAAUAACCACGAUUCCUUCAGUGCUAUUUCGAUAGCCGGCAGAGUGGAGAAUACACUCUACCUUAGCAUGCUGCCUGGAGCCUGUGAAUUAUGCAGUGGAAUGCCUGCUAGGGGUUUGGAAGGUACAUACUAAUGCCUGCACCUGAAGAGCUUUGUUUAGCUAGUGCAUUAUGCUAAAUGUGUCUCAUAUUUGUGUCCGUAAAAAGGCAUGCCAGGAUAUACUACAACAAAAAAAAAAAGAUUCCGCACAGGCACACAUGUAAGCACACGUACUGACGCACACAUAACAGACACGCGCACGCGUGCAAGCAUACGCACACACACACGCAAACCUAGCUUCCAUUAAGCUGCAAGGAAGGGAAGCCCCUUUUGCUGGUUGUCCGAUAUUGACGCGGUUAUUUGAUAGAUUGAUAUACCGAUAUGUUUUCUGUUAUUUAGGUAGAAAAAUAAGCCAUCACUGCUCACUCACCACACACACACACACACACACACAUCAAUACACACACACACACACACACACACACACACACACCCACGUGCGAUUAUCACGCUCGCCGUUCUCACUGCCAUGGUAACGGAAUCCUGAGCCCAAAUAUCUUCAUUGUGCGUGACUGUGUGUUAGUGUGGCGACAGGGAUGGCGCCCCGAGCCCAGCAACGCCCCCCCACCCCACGUCCCCCGCCCCCCCCCGUCCAUUCAGGAUGAACAGCUGCUGCCCCCCCAUGACUGUGGGGAUCAAUGCAGAGAGACAAAGGCUUCAGCAGCACCCCCACACACUCAACGUCUGUCCCCCCGAAAUCCCCUUACCACCUUCCCACCCGAAAUCCCCCCGUCCUUCUCGUCGUGGGAACCCCCGAAAAACUAAAAAAAACAACAGGAGCGGAGCAAUCUUCCUUUUUUCCAUCAAACGCUGUUUCUAUCUGCUGUUCCUAUCAGGAGAAGGAGGGAAAUGCGUAUGGAGGUGGCCAGACGGUAAACCCGUGACGAGGGGGGGGGGUUAUCGCUCUGUCACGGUUUGGACUGAGGAGGUGAGCUCUGUUAAUGUGGAUUCUGCGGGGCGUACAGGAUCCCGGAGCGCCAGGUCUGACUGGAUGGCGGAUUCCUUUGCGCUCAGUCUCAAGGGCACGUGAGGGAUUCCUCUGCACUCCCUGCUCUGCACACCCUGCUCUGCACUCCCUGCUCUGCACUCCCUGCUCUGCACUCCCUGCUCUGCACUCCCUGCUCUGCACACCCUGCUCUGCACACCCUGCUCUGCACUCCCUGCUCUGCACACCCUGCUCUGCACUCCCUGCUCUGCACUCCCUGCUCUGCACUCCCUGCUCUCAGGCUGUGGAUUGGCUCUGGGCUCGUCCUUUCGUGUCUGAAAAGGGACGUCUGUUCCCACAGCGUGAAAAGGGCAGGGCGCCGAGGUGGCGGUUCAGUGCGUACGCCCACACACACGCACAAACUCACACACGCGCACACACACUCCCACAUACGCACACACAUAAGGACACACACGCACACACACACACACACACUCACUCCCACACACCUCACACACAUAAGGACACACACGCACACACACACACACACACACGCACACACACUCCCACAUACUCACACACAUAAGGACACACACACACACACACACAAGGACAUGCACACACACACACAAGGACACGAACACGCACACACAGGCAUGUAUACUCACACACACACACGGACACGUACACACUAACAUGUACACUCGCGCACACACACACAUACACAAGCAUAUACACUCACACACUCACGCGCACACACAGGUACACUGAAAUGAACUCUUACACAAACACAAGCAAGCAUGAACACACAGUCACGCUCCCAUUCACAUUCACAUAAAACACUCACAUAACACGCACAUUUAAAUGCACCCUCCCUCUCUCUCUCUCGCACACACGCAUGCACACACACGCGCGCAUGCUGAAAUGUAGUCGUGCACAAACACACACACACACAGUCACGCUCACAAACACAUGCACAUAAACACCCACAUAACAAGCACAUAUAAAUGCACGCUCUCUCUCUCUCUCUCUCUCUCUCUCUUUCCCUCACAAACUAACACACACACACACACGCACAAACACAUGCACAUACAUACACACACACACACACACACACACACAGGUCAGAAACGCUGGCGGACGCAGCCGAGAUCAUACGCUCGUACACCCCCCCUCCCCCUCUCUACUUAAAGGAGCGCUCCUCCUCGAGACCAAACCGGCAGUUUGGCUGACAGGCCCUGGCAGUGAUGUACGACGCGGUGAGUUCUUCGCCCUCCCGCCGGUUCCCACGGGGGCCCGAGCAGAUGGCAGGGCCCGGCUCGCCGCAGCGUGCGGGCACGGCGGGCAUCACCCGGGACCUGGCCGCCCUUUUCCGAAGAGGAUUAAACAAAAAAAAACAAAACAAAAA